UGAUCAUUCAUUUACAUUAUCUAAUCGUUUAUACAUUUUAAACAAGCUAAAUAUUAAACAUAAAAUAUGAUGUUUAUUAGUAUAUAGAAUUAAUAUAUCACUAUUCAUAAUCGUUUAUUCAAUGUAUAAUUAUUUUUGGAUAAUAACAUUGAUUAUUAUUAUUAUUAUGAUUAUGAUCACUAAUGGAUAUAUUCAGAUGUUACGUAAUGAUAUAUUACAUUCAUUAGGACUCAAGCAGUUUGUAAUUACCUUAUGUACAAAUGUUGAAGUAAAUAGUUAUUCAAAUCCAAUGAUCAUAGAUCAACAAACAUCAAUUUCCUGUCCAUAUAGAACAACUUUACAUAUUUUUGAUGCAUAUUACAGUCAAGUACUUGACAAAAAUUCACAAUGCUCAAAUUCACCUGAGCAUAUUGAAAGAAAUCUAAAGUAUUUAGAUAGACCAACUACAAAGUUCAGUCUAAUAACUGAAUGCUAUGCUAAAUCAAUUGGACAGAUUGUAAAACGGUUGUGUGAUGGUACAAAUAGAUGUGAUUUAAUUCAUCAAUUAAAACAGAAGAAUAUCACAAAUUGUCCAUACCCAUCGGUUUUACAAGUAAAUUAUACAUGCUUCCCAGUCUAUUCUAAACAAGAAGUUAUUUGUGCAGAUUCUUAUGUUGAAUUAUCCUGUAAAGCGUUUUCUAUGGACAUGGGAUUAAUAAUAUUAGAAGCUGUACUUAACCAUAAUCUUUCAAUACAAUUAACUUCACCUUCCGAAACAAGUUUGCAAGGAUGUUUAAGAUCAAAUGCAAAUGAAAUCUCAUGUCCUUCAAUUGACUCUAUUUCAAUUAUUUCAAAUAAAUGUAAUGGAUAUUUAACAUGUACUGUUAGUCCAAAUCUAGUACUUGAAUCAUUACAUCUAAUUAAUUCAAGAAAGUCUACUCUUUUUAAACAAAUGUCAUGUACAAAAUCUUAUCUAUAUUUAAGAUAUACAUGUGUGCAUAAUUUAUUGUUGGAAAAUACUCUUCGUUCAGAGGAUUCAAAGAAUUCAAUCAAACUUAGAGAAAAACAGACUUUUAAACCAAGGAAGAGACUAAACAAGUCAAGUGGAAACGGAAGGAUUAAUCAUAAAAUGAAUGAUAUGAAUGUUAUAUUAUUUAAUGAUAAUUUAAGUCUUUACUCUGGUCAAAUAGAUGUGUCAACUUCACAACUGAAUUCUGUGGAACCUAAACCAAGAAGUCCAAAUAUUGCAAUCAAUAAUGAACUAUUAAGUGUACUUAACGAAUUAUCUGUUUCUCCAAAGACAAAACCAACUCAUAUUUAUCUUUCUGCUUUGUUACCUUCAGUACUGUGUAUAAUGGUCAGUUGUAUAUUUGCAAUAGGUAUAUUAUGUCAUAGAAAGCAAUUAUUCAAGAAAAAACUUAAAUCCAACUACAUUUCUAGAAUAUUGCAUAAUCCAACUUAUUGUGAUCAACAUUCCACGUAUAAUGUUACAAUUGAUGAUAACAAUCAUGAAACCGUUUGUCAAUCAGAUUUGCAAACAAAUCAUUCAUAUUUGAGUAAAUCUGUCAAGAAUUGUAUAUCUGAAUGGGAGCGUGGAAAAAAUUACACUCCUUAUUUACAAUCAUUACAACAAGUAAAUUGUUCAACUGGUCAUUCGACUCAAUAUUGUCCUAAUUGUAACAAUGAACAAAAAGAUCUAUCACAUUUAUUUCACUAUCAAAAUAUUUCAUAUGGUGAUAAUGAUAUUAUUAGUAAUAAUAAUAUUAUAAAUCAGUCAGUUAAGACAAGUCCGAAUUCAAGUGGUCAGAUGCCUAGUACAGAGAACUCGUUUCCAUUGACUAGUUCUGAAAUGAUAAAUAAAACAGAGAAUUUGUCCCCGUCAUCAGCAAAAUGUUUAUCACAUGGAUUUGUCAACAAUUCAGUGAUGCAUUAUAAUCAGUGUUAUUCAUCUCAAUUUAACCAUACUACUGGUUUGAGUUAUGGCAAUUUUACAAAUGGUUCCAAUAAUAUUAUUAAUAAUAAUAAUAAUGAUAAUAUUAAUAGCAAGCAAAUCAAUCAACAGACCAAUACUCUUAAAUCAAAUGAACAUGAGGACGAUACUAAACCAAAACAACUUCAUCCCCUAAAUGAUAGUUUAGUAAGUAAUACAAAAUUGUAUUUUUAUCAAGAUGAUGAACUGAUUCCUAAUAUUCAUGCAAAGUUAUAUGAUGUUAAUAUUCAUGAAAAAGAAAAGGUCACUUCUGGUUCACAGGAGAAACCUGUAAAUGUGAAUAAAGGAGAUUUAUCGAUAAAUUCAUCAGAACAAAUAAAUUGUAAAAUUAAGCGUCGAUUAGCACCACCGUUAUUUAGUUCUGGAGAUGAUUUAUUACCAAAUUAUAUGAUGAAUACAAAAUCACCAGCCCACUUAAAAUACGGUAUAAUACCUGUGGUUCGAUAUCCUUACGAUUCGGAUGAUCAGUUAAAGGAUUCAGAUUCUGAUGUAUCGAGGUAUCCUCAAGCUAAAGAUUCGUUGAACUAUUUGAGAAAUUACGAAAAUAAACCUGACAUAUGUUUAAGUGUAAACAAUGAUAAUUCAAACCAAAAGUAUUCAAUUUCUACUUCACCAACAUUUAAUAUGCUAAAUCCUAAUAGGAGUCAAUUAUCUCGUACUGCAUCGGAUCAUAAAGUUCAAAAUCCAGUUAGUCCUUCAUUGAUCAGAAGUGUAACUUCACAAAUAACUAAUAAUUCAGCUAAUUCAUUUGUAAAGAUAUCCUAA